CCUCUCAUUCCGUUGCAAAAGACUUUUACUAUAUUUUGUUUUUCUCUCUCACAAUUUUUCUGCUUGCUUCUACUUCGUGUUUCUCUGACUCUUGCUGAACCAGUCUUGCAUAGUCAGAGAAAACAAACGUAAGCAAGAAGAAGGAGAACUUCGCCACCGUUGUGGCUGCCAUGGAAUUCACAGCUGCCACCGCUACUCUCACGAAGAAGCUCUCCAACGGCUGUGGCUACAGCGUCACCGGAAGAUCUGCGUACGACGGUGUCUUCGCCACUCCUAUCAAGCUCCGCGCUCCGAGCUUCUCCUCUCACUUCGACGAUUACCGCGAGAUUUUCUGCACGUCGUCGCCCGGUUCCUCGAUUCCGAUCCUUGAACUUCCGGAGCUCAACCAGAGGAGAAAGAACGACGAUGUUUGGCGCUCCAAGCUCGAUUACUCGAAAGUCUUCAGCGGGUUCGGGAAUCUAGACGCCACUGCUGCGGUGCCUUUCGAGGAGCUUGUUGCUGAGCCUAAGGAGAAAGAGAGCUUCAGAGCAAAGAGCAAGGUCAAAGGAGAAAACCAAUCUUCCAGGGAAGAUCUAACUAAUUGUUCAAAGGAAAUUCCAGUGGCAUCAUGGUCGUCUAAUGAUACCAGAAGGAUCAAUAUGUCAUUUCACAAAGUUAACCAAGGAAGCGAAAAUGGAACAAAUGGGAUGACACAUAUUGCUCAACUCCGUGCUGUCCCUGCUUACACUCAAUUAAUUGAAGAAGUCAAUCCGCUGAAGAUGAACAGAGUUAAUAAGUCUAUACCGGUAGCACAGGAUACUACUUGUUCUGGUAGUCAUGGCAAUGAGGGGAAAAAAGAAGCUGCACAUUCUACUAAAUCAUUUACUGGUGCUUCACCUGAUAAUUCUAAGAAACAGCCUUCCAACAAUGGAGUGAAAGUUACAAGUACAUCUGAUUCUAUUGAUCUGUUUUUUGGUGCAUGUGAGAUUAGCAAUGGAAGUAAUGGAAUACAUCAUGUCAAAGUUCCUCUAUCAGAGACUACAGAAGGUAACAGUGAAGCUAUGAAAUCAAUGCCAACCAAAUGUCAGGCAUCUAAAAGUAGCUCAUCUGAAGGUGUUGCUGGUGGUGAUUCGCCAUCAUACUUAGAUGACAUGGUAGACUCAAAUUCAGAGGUAGCUGCUUCUGUAGCUGCUUUAAGAAAGGCAAUGGAAGAGGCUCAAGUAAGAAUGAAGGUUGCAAAAGAGUUGAUGAGAAGAAAGAAAGAAGGUUUUCCUGAUCAUGUCAAACGAAAGUCUAAUAUUGAAUUGAAAGCUGAGAGAAAAAAAGAGGCUAAAGACACAUAUAAAACAAAGAAACCUGAUACAAAGCAAACAUUUAGAGAAAUGGAUGCUUUUCCAAAUGCUUCUUCUGAGUUAGGGAAAUCAACAAUGAGAAUAGAGCAAGUGAGGCCAGAUCUGGGGGCAAAAGAAACAAGUGUUGCUAAAGAAGCUGUACAAAAAGCACAGAAGAAAUUGAAAUCAACUCAAGUGAAAUAUGAGAAAGAGGUUGAACAGAAAGACGCGGAUCAUAAAGGAAAAAUUCUUGAGCUUAAAGAGGCAAAAAAUAACAAGAAAGAGCUGUACGUUAAAAACACAGAUAGGAGUGCCACUAAUAAACCAGAAGAAUCCGAUCAAACAAUAGAAGUGGUUAAGAAAUAUUGUAGGCUGGAGAAUAAUGAAGAGAAGGUCCAUGUGGAUAAUGAAGCAAGUGUGUGUGAAGAACUUGUCCAGGAAACUAAGCAUAGGUGUCAGGAAGCAGUAGAUGAAACAAAACUGGUUCAUGAGACACUUGAAUGUGGAACAAUGGACAAGAGUUUGAAGUUUAUUGAAACUGGGGAAGUUGAGAAUAAGGCUACACCUUUUUAUGAACUGGAAGACGAUGAAAGCAACCUUGGUGGGCAAGGAUUAAUAACAAGAAAUGGGAAAAAAGUUACUUGUAAGCCAGAAGAAGAUGGCAACAAAUUUGAAGGGUCCUUUGAUCUGGAAGAAUGCCAAACAAAUUUGAGAGCUGCUCAGGAACUGGGAGAGGUUGAGAAGAACAUUACCCAAGAGCAAAAAGGAAGUGAGGAUAGAGUUGCAGUGUCCAAUGAGCUGGAAGAAUGCAAAAUAAAUUUGAGAGCUGCUCAGGAACUGAGAGAGGUUGAGAAGAACAUUACACAAGAGCAAAAAGGAAGUGAGGAUAGAGUUGCAGUGUCCAAUGAGCUUGAAGAAUGUGAAUUGACAGAGAUUCUGGAGCCACUUAACAAUGAGAAUGUGCACAGUCAACAUGGCUCAGAUUUCAUAAGUACAGAUGAAGACAUAGAAAACUUUGGUUGUUUAGAGAAUAGAAAGAAAAGGAAUGAUUCUGGUUUUCUUGAUAUCUAUCAAGAAAUCGAAUAUUCUGGUCAGAGAGAAGCCACUGAUGAUGCAUUGUAUAAUAAGGAGCCAACUGAAGUAAUUAGAGUGACUCAAUCUGAUCCUAGUUGUGAGGAAGUAAAAGCCGAGGAGGCUGGCAAGUCCACAGAAACCAGCUCAAGCUAUGAUCCAGAUGAAACUGAGAAGUUGAACAAAACUCAGGUAGCUGAUACAACUAUUGAAAAUGAGGAAACUCUGAACGUAAAUCCAGAGGUUCAUUCAUGUGAUGUGCAGGAUGAUACAAUGGUAGCGAGUAGUGCUUCAUUUCAACAUCAAGAGAGAUAUGAAGAAACAGACCCUGUUCAGGAGACAAACGAUUUCCAUGAGAAACAUAAUGCAGGUGAGACUUCUUCCUUCAUUCAAAUUGCCCCUGAACUCAAUGGGGCAGUCAAUCAAAUGCAAAAUAUAUUUGAAACAGAGACCUCCGAAGGUAAUGCUACAAGUAUUGGUGACACUGACAUAAAUGAUAGGCAAAAUCAAGAUCAGUGCUGGGAAAAGUCAGAAAAUGACUGCAAUCUGGAAAUGCUUGUUGAAGACAUAAUAACUCCUGAGUCUGCAGAAAUCUGCAAGGAUGCUAAGGAGAAUAGGGUUACAUUAAAUGAAGAGGCAGAUGAGAAUCAAUCUAAUUUUUCUAAUGAGGAAAAUUUGUUUGACAAUGAACACAAUAUAGAAGAAUCUCAGAUAUCUAGUUCAUCUGAUCGGAAAUCAAGUCUUUUCAAAGAAGAGGAGGUUGAAUCAAGUCACAGCAAUCUAAGGGAGAGUAAUCGAGCAUCUGUAAUAAUGGAAGAGAAGGAAGCAAAUGGCAACUUGCAUAAGGAAGAGCAGGAAAAGGAACAACUCAAAAAACUUGCUGAAGCAAACGAGACGAAAAGAGAAAGAGAAAAGGAAAAAUUAGCUGUAGAAAGAGCAAUUCGUGAAGCACGUGAAAGGGCAUUUGCUGAUGCCAGAGAAAGGGCGACUCUAGAGAGAGCUGCAGCAGAAGCACGUCAGAAAAACAUUUCUGAUGGACGAGAAAGGCUAGGAAAAACCACUAGUCAGGCAAAUGAGAAGACACCAGCUGAGAAGGCUGCUAUGGAAGCAAAACUUAAAGCUGAACGUGCCGCGGUGGAGAGAGCAACUGCAGAGGCACGGGCACGUGCCCUAGAAAGGGCACUCUCUGAGAGAGCUGCCUCUGAGGCAAGAAAUAAAUCUGACAAAUCUGUUGCAGGUUUUGGGGCUUCCCGUGAUAAUGGAAUAAAGCAUAACUUCUAUUCAAAAUCUUUCAGCUAUGGUGUUCGUGAUUCUACUGAUGUAUUUGAUGGAGCUGAUGGUGAUUCUGCUCAGAGAUGUAAAGCUAGGUUUGAGAGGCAUCAGAGAAUAGGGGAACGUGUGGCAAAGGCUCUUGCAGAAAAGAAUAUGCGUGACUGGCUUGUGCAGAAGGAGCAAGAGGACAGAAAUAGGGUAGCAGAAUCUCUUGAUGCUGAUGUUAAAAGGUGGUCAAGUGGGAAGACAGGAAACUUGAGGGCAUUGCUUUCAACAUUACAAUAUAUCCUUGGCCCCGAUAGUGGUUGGCAACCGAUUCCUUUGACAGAUAUAGUAACCACCACUGCUGUAAAGAAAGCAUAUCGUAAAGCUACUCUAUUUGUGCAUCCUGACAAGCUGCAGCAGCGGGGGGCAAGCAUUCAACAAAAGUACAUCUGCGAGAAGGUUUUUGAUCUUCUAAAGGAAGCUUGGAACAGAUUUAACAUGGAAGAACGAUAAGAAGUACACAAUGUUGAGCUGUCUGAUGGCAAUGCGCGCGCGUUUGCGACGAUUCAAGUGUAUUUAUUUUUAUUAUUGUUACUGUAUGAAAAGUAAGCUCAAAGCAAUCAGCCAAUAUUGAUGGGCUGCAUGUGAAACUUUAAUGUAUAGCUCAACAUGUACCGUUCUACAUUUUUAUUAAUUCCUUUCCACCUAUAAUAGGCCUUUAAUUAAUUACAGAAUAUUUUACCCAGAAAAUAGCUGGUUGACUAGCAAAGUAACUAAAAGUCUUGGAUGAAUCAGUCCAACUUGAUUUAAUUGGUGUUUGAAUCAAUCAUGAAUCAAUAACAUUACAUUCUUGGUGGGUCA